UAUUGCUGUUUAUAUUUGCUAUAGUUAUUUCCUUUUUUAUCUAUUAUAUAUGGAAGCGUACAACGUGUGCUGAAGGAAAUUGUUAAGCAUAUGUAGUCACACAAUAGUGAAUAUGAAAGAUAUGCUGAUGUAAAUAAUGUAUGUACUCUAGUUAUACGAAUUAGUUGUAAUGAUUUAAACUACAAUUGUUUUCCAUUUGCUUGUUUUAGGCAUAAGGUAUGCCGGGAUAAAUGGUGGACACGCUGUGAAUGUGGAUACCCUCAAUAUUAUUAUUACCAUUCCAAUGAACCUGUCCUCUUUGUGGCUGAAAUCUUGGUUAUAAAGUGUAGAAGGGAAGUACUAACUGUGUCUUGCUUUGCCCCAUUAGUUCAAGCUGCAAAGUGGGAAGCCUAUGUAAACAGGCAGAAAACCCAAACAGCUGUUCUCCUGAAGAAUUCCCUUGCUGCCGAGAAGAUGAUGCACCCCGUGACUCGGAGCAGCCGAGUCGACGGGCGAGGCAGAAGAGGAACAGACUGUGGAGAAAAAAAUCAGAACAAUGGGACGCAAAAGCAGGAACAACAGAGCUUCCCCGGGAUUGGUAAAAAUUUACAUAAAUUGGUAAAAUUGACAGACACCCUUUUUCCUGGUAUACCGUUAGUCUUCAUAUUGAUAAUAACCCUGGCAGAAGGGGGAAACCCACAUGAACCAUUCAAGUGGGAACUAAUAUCUUGGGAAGGAACGAGAACAAUAGCCACUUUUAGCGACAUAGGUCCACCAGAGUUCAUAGUAAAACUUUGUGAUUUAGUACCAAUACAUUGUGGAAAGGGACCUCCAUUUUAUAUAUGCCCGGCUUCUGGACCGUCUUACUGUAAUUAUCCCGGACAUUAUUAUUGUGGCUAUUGGGGAUGUGAAACAAUAGCCUCGGGCUGGUCAGUAAAGGCCCCUGAUAAAUAUAUAAAAGCAACCUGGACUCCUAAUGGAUGUGUACCUGAGCAAACAGGUGUAGAUCUUACAGGUCUGCGGGACAUGGGUUAUGUGGCUUCACGAGACAGGGAAGUCUGUACCCGCAUCAAAUUUCAAGUAAUACAGCCCUUAGGAGACAAGUGGUUAGUAGGACUAACAUGGGGAAUACGUGUCUAUGGAGGAAUUCCUAAAGACGGGGGAGGGCAUUUUCUCAUAAGAAAAGUUAAAAUACCACAUGAUCCACUCCCUGUUGGGCCGAAUAAAGUAUUGAAUUCACCCAUUUCCCCGACGAAAAAGAUAGUCCCCGCAAGUGUUACAACCACUUGUCCAAACCCCUUAUCGAUAACAAAUAGAACAGCUAAUGACGUGGUGAUUGGUAGGGAUUCAGGUGUGCUGAAACCCAAAGACCCUUUAUGGGAUUUAAUGCAAGCCUCUUAUCGUGCCCUUAAUGAAAGCAAACCAAAUUUAACCAAGGAAUGCUGGUUAUGUUAUAAUGUUAGACCACCAUAUUUUGAGGCGAUUGGAAAAUCAGAUAAGAUUCAAUGGUCCAGAGGUUCAAACCCACGAGAAUGCCCAUGGAAUGACCAAAAAAACCAUACGCAGGGAAUUACUAUUCAAUUAGUAACAGGUCAAGGAAAAUGUAUUGGUACAGUGCCCAAAAAUUAUCAGCCUUUGUGCAACCAAACGACAAUAAUCACUACAAAAACCAUAAAUAAACACAAGAAUAGAAAAGACAAAUGGGCUAUCCCGACACCAGGAGCUAAAUGGGUUUGUUCAGACAUCGGAGUAACGCCUUGCCUAUCCCUAAAUCUGUUUGACCAAUCUCAGUUCUGCGUACAGGUGAUAAUUGUUCCUCGUCUAAUCUAUCACACUUCUGAGGAAGUGUUACGCCACUUUGAAGGAGACCUGAAUAUACAAAAACGAGAACCAAUUACAGUGGUAACCUUAGCUACACUGCUAAUAGCGGGGGGAGUCGGAGCAGGUACAGGCAUAGCCUCCCUAGUAAAAAGUCAGGAAUUACAAAGUUUACAGACGGCUGUAGAUGAAGAUUUAGCAAAAAUAGAACAAUCUAUCCAAAAUUUAGCCACUUCAGUAAAGUCUUUAUCGGAAGUAGUGCUGCAAAAUAGAAGAGGGUUAGAUUUAUUAUUCCUAAAAGAGGGGGGGUUAUGCGUAGCGAUAAAUGAAGAAUGCUGCUCUUUUGCUGACCAUACGGGAGUAGUUCAGGACACUAUGUCUGAACUCCGAAAAAGGUUAAAUCAACGUAGAAAGGAUCGGGAGGCGGGUAGGACAUGGUAUGAAAAUUGGUUUAAUGUUUCACCUUGGCUAACCACCUUGCUGUCUGCCUUAGCAGGACCACUUAUUAUAUUGAUUCUGGGACUUAUAUUCGGGCCUUGUAUAUUACGCUGUAUAGUACACGAUAUUAAAAAACGAUUUGACAUAGCUAAACUGCUAAUUUUAACUACGAGGUCGGGGGAAAAAUAUAAAAAUGCAUCUAUUAAUGAGAAGGAAGAUUGUUGCGAAUGUGUUAUACCACGAGGGGGCUACGCCUAUUGUAAUUGUGAAGUAUUACCAUGUGAGUGUAAUGAUAAAUGUUGGGAUUGUGGAAAAAGGUUUAUUUACAGUACCGAGAAUGAAAGCAACGUCUAAUAAACAAUAAUAGUAUAAAGAGAAGAAGGGGGGAAAUUGUGAGAAACUACAGAUUGAGAUAUUGUUUAUUAAGAUAUACGUAAAGGUUAGACAAUUGUGAGAAACUACAGAUUGGGAUAGUGUUUAUUAAGAUAUAUAUAAAGGUUAGACAAUUGU